UUUGCAAAUCAUUUCAUCACUCCCUGGUAUUUGCAAAUCAUUUCAUCACUCCCUGGGGAGGCUCUCCAGAUGAAUUUUUCCAGGGUCUAUUUUCUGCUCUUCAUGGAGUUCAGGGAAUUCUCCUCCAGGAGUCCUAGCCAACCGGGGAGUCCUCAGGGACUGUACAGGUGAAUUAUAAAGGUCGUUGGCCGGCAUGCUGAGUCUCAGACAUUGGAGAUUCAUAUGUUGAUUCUCAAAGCUCUGCAUUCCUGUCGCUGUAAGAUUUCCACUCUCUGCUGAGCGGGAUUUUGGUUGCCAACCAAUCCAGAGUGACCAACCAAUCAGUGAUAUGUCGUCUUCAUUAUUUACGAUCACCCAGUUUUUGUGCCAACUGCAAAUUUGACCAAUAUUCAUUCAUGAGAAGGGCACCUUGACCUUUUCUGAGCCCGAUCAAUGCAUCAAUCACCUCAUGGCAGCUUUCAACAUCACCCCCUCUGACUCUUCAAUGUUCAUCCUAGCUGGCAUCCCUGGCCUGGAAGCUGCUCACGUCUGGAUGUCCAUCCCUUUCUUUACGUUCUACAUUAUCAGCCUGUUGGGGAAUUUCAUGAUUCUCUUUGUUGUAGGCAAAGAGCAGACCCUGCACAAGCCGAUGUACCUGCUGCUCUGCAUGUUGGCGCUCACAGACAUUGGCAUGUCUACCUCUGUAGUGCCUAAGGCACUGUUUAUAUUUUGGUUCAAUUUGAAAGGAAUUACUAUGGAUGGCUGUCUCACGCAGAUGUUCUUCCUUCACGCGAUUGCUGUUAUGCACUCAGCCGUUCUUGUGACAAUGGCCUUUGAUCGCUACAUUGCCAUAUGUGACCCUCUGCGAUACACCACCAUCCUCACCAAUGCACGAAUUGCUAAGCUAGGGCUUGUGGGUUUGACAAGAGCUGUUCUCUUCAUUCUGCCCGAGCCCCUGUUCUUGAGCAGGCAGCCAUUCUGUGCCAACCGCAUUAUCCCCCACACGUACUGCACGCACAUGACUCUGGCAAAGAUGUCGUGUGGGGACAUCACAGUCAACAGGACGUACAGCUCAGUGACAGCGUUUGUAUUCAUCGGGUUUGACCUGACGCUCAUUGCCUUAUCCUAUGGUCUGAUCAUCAGGGCCAUUCUCAGAAUCUCCUCCAAGAAAGCCCACCUGAAAGCCCUCAACACCUGUACUGCCCACAUCUGUGUGAUGGUGGUGUCUUAUACUCCCUCCCUCUUCUCCACUCUGACACAGCAGUUUGGUCAGGGCAUUGCACACCAUGUUCAUAUCAUCUUGGCCAACAUCUAUUUCUUCAUCCCCCCAGUGCUCAACCCUAUCAUUUACGGGGUCAAAACCAAAGAGCUUCGUGACAAAGUGGGCAAAUACACCUGCAGAACGUGAUCAC